AGAAAAAGAAAGGGAGAGAGAGAGAAAAAAAGAAGAAGAGAUUAUCAGACCAUUUGACGUCUAUCGAGAAAGUGAGGGAUGAAACGUUUAAUGAUAACUUCUUUUUUGCAACUUGUUCAUGCUCCUAUUUUCUGUAUUUUAUUUCACUUUUCUUUUUAGGCACAAGUAACACGAAUAAUUACUCCUCUUUAUAUAACCGUAGACUGGCCGCGUUUUUGUAUACUUACAAAAGCUAAUUGAUUGUACUACUGCUGCUUACUUUAUAGUUUAAGCAAUCAUCAUGUGGGUCUAACAUACAUUUAUAUAACUCAAAAUUCUUUCUUACUUUCUCUUUCCUCCCUCUCUCUCUCUCUUUCUCUUUCUUCCUCUAUUAUUACUAUUACUUAAAAAUGACUAGCAGAUUUGAAAAGUACACUGUCAAAUCAUUCUGCCCCUUGAUCUUAUAUCACGAUAAUCCAUCAGAGCAACUUUCUUUAGAAUUAAGCGAAGAUAAACAACACACAGCCAUCGAUCGUCAUCGUGAAAAAAUCACUGAAAUGCUGGAACACAAUGCACAAUUCUGGACUGAAAAAACUGGCUUGGUGGAAUUUGAAGCUGAUUAUUUAGAUAAAGACAUUAAAGUGUCACCCAGUACAAGCACAACAUCUAAUAUUAGCUCGUCCAGCUCUAGUUCUGGUGACAGCAUUGCCACCAUUGACCAUUCAACCUAUCACACAAAAUAUAUGGUUCGAUCACCUAUGACAGAGACACAAGGUCAUUACUAUUCUCUCACUGAAGAAGAACAAACAAAAACACCAUUACAAAGAAAACAAGCAACAAGGUCAACAAAACCUCUUAUGAAUGAUACGACUAAAAAGAGAAGAAGAGGCAACCUUCCAAAAGAAGUGACUGAAUUCCUUCGUAAAUGGCUCAUUCAACACAAGAAACAUCCUUAUCCAGCUGAAAAAGAAAAGGCAGAUUUAGCUCGUCAUACAGGUCUUACUGUAAAUCAAAUCAGUAACUGGUUUAUUAAUGCUAGACGCCGUAUUCUGCAGCCCAUGCUAGAGUCAGAAAACCUUACUGCCCAAAUGAUGGCUUACCCUGAACUUAUGCAAAACCAUCAUGAACCAGCAAGAAGAAGAAGACAUGAUUUCUACACAUACCAGAGAGAAUUUGUUCAUUCACUGCGUAAGUGACAAUCACAUUCAAACAUUAUACUGAUUUAUUUGUGAUAGCACACACUAUGAAUGACUCCAUGCCUACUCCUCCUCUUCCUCCUCCUUCUCAUUCACUUUAUUCCUCAUCACACAUGCAUUAAACCCCCCCAAAAAAAUUACUUUUAUUUGUAUAUGUAUACACACUCAUUCCCUUAAUAUUUUUUUUUAGCAAAAGAGAAUACUUUCGUUUUCAUUCUAUGCUUAUUCCUAUAUAUGAUGUAUCAUACUAUGACGCACAAAAUAACCAAGUUGCAUAAUAAAUUGACAGAUGACUAAUCAUAAUAUGGUUUAGUCAGAUCUUAACACACACAGGCCAUCAAAUUGACUGACAG